CUACUGACUGACGACCACUGACUGCUACUUUCAUUUCAGUAUACGAUUUACCGUCGAUGGGAUAGGUUGUGUCUUGGAGAAUCGCGGUUGAUGUGCUUGUUUGAAAGGUUUAAUAAUUGCUGGUUCACGUAUGCUGCUUUUACCUUGUAGAGUUUCGUCCUCCGCGUUACCCACAGUCUUGAACUGCCUAUUUAGAAGUCCGCUUUCCCUUUCUAGUGAAAUUAUGGAUAAUACUGUUUGUAUACGAGAUAUAAAACCAGGAAUGAAAAGUUUAAAUGUAGUUUUUAUUGUUCUUGAAAUAGGUCGACCAAAUAUGACAAAAGAAGGACAUGAGGUUAGAACAUGUAAAAUAGCUGAUAGGUCUGCUAGCAUAAAUUUAUCAGUUUGGGACGAACCUGGACUUUAUUUACAGCAAGGUGAUAUCUGUAGGUUAAGUAAAGGGUAUGCCUCUUUGUGGAAAAACUGUUUAACAUUAUAUACUGGCAAGGGAGGUGAUAUUCAAAAAAUUGGAGAAUUUUGUUUUACAUUUUCUGAAGUACCUAAUAUGAGUGAAAGUUCUGAACAACAAAAUAACCAACAGAAACCUCCUGGUGGUGAGCAAAGGGGAUCUCCUCCUUUACAACAGCCCAUACCUCUUUCACCAGCACCUGGAGCUGUAGCUCCUCCAAUACCUACAGUUCCACUGACUGGUAAGUGGUCAGUUUUUGUUAAAUCCGCCUCAGGUAAUGGUAACCAUACUACAUCUGCCUUCAUGCCUAGAAGUGCAAAUAGGACGACUAACCAACCAAGAGCGCCACUGACUGUAAUUAAUAAUGGAGUUAAUAAUAAACCCAGGACUGGAAGGCGUUGACAGAGGCUAAAUGUUUGUUAUGUGUAUGUUUUAUUUUAUGUAUUAAAUUUGUAUAUAAUUAUCGCUUAAUAAAUUGAUCUUAAGAAAAA